AUGGCUGAUCCAUUGUGCAAGGCUGCUGCCUUAGUCAUUCAGAUCCCUAUCAUCUCCGUACCACUAACUACCAGAACCACCUCCAACUCCAACUCCUCCACCAGGAAAGACGUCAUCAGCGUAAUCAGAAGCGAUGCAGUUCGAGACAUCAUCGAUUGGAUUGAGGCUCAAAGUAGCCAAGGGCGGAAUCAUGACCGGGUGACCCGAUAUGACCCGAUGUUGCUAGCCUGGCUGGCUGUGAGCCAUGCUGUGCACAUUGACGCGACGGAAGUGAGCAGCUACUUUCGCUUCACCACCCCGUGGCUUUCUCAGUCCACGAGCGGGAACCAUGCCUCCUACAAAAGCACCUUGGCUUCGUCACAGGACUGCUCACCUCUGACGCACUACGAAUGCUCAGAGCUGUACGUUUCAGACGUGGCGGUCAAUGUGGCUGUUCUGCAAGUGGAGAUGGAGUUCGAGGGUCACGUGACGUGGUGGUCGUUUGUGGAGCCUGAACUCGCAACAACCAGCAUGGGCUUUAUAGGGAAACGGGAACCCACAGUGGAACGAGCUGGAAUGUGGGGAAGGUCCGGCUGGAAGCUGCCCCUGGUGCACGAACUACCGACAGCGGGCAACUGCAUCCUCUGGGAGUACAACACGCAAAAGAGCCGGGAUGCUUUUGAGAUCCUCGUGGCCAUCUUCGAUGGCUCUGAAGAGAUGGUGGCGCAUGAGCUGAAGCGUGGCAACCUGCAGCAGCUGGAUUGGUCUUAUGGGCAAGUGCAGGUGGCCAAUGCUGGCAAUUACUUCCUUCGCUUCUUCCUGGGCUCUUACGAUGCCACAGGGGGGGGACUGGUGGGAGCCAGGCUCGAAGUGCGCAACGUGCGAUUCUCCCCUACUUGCCUGGAUGAGAACUCGUUGCGGCUGGGCCCACUGGCCUCCAGCACCACGAGUAGCACUACCAGCACUACCAGCUUCACGAUCACCUCGAGCACCUACUACUCAGGUGUCGUCUACUUCUUACAGCACCACGUCCACGAGCUCCCACACUGGCAGCUCCACCUCCUCCACGUUGUCAUCCACGAAGAGCGCUCGACGACCAGCACGGUUUUCAGUAGCACUUCAAGCACGGCCGUUGAGAACGACGCCCCGCUGGCCGCCUUCGAAUGCAACUGCUCGGAAGCUGUCGCAACAGAUGCAGACGAGGAGAUGCAAGUCUUCGCCGUGAUCACCACGUUCGGGGCCAUUCUGGGGGCCUUCGUCGGCGUGGUGCUUCUCUGCCGAAUGGCUGGGGUCCGCAGCAAGCCCAAGAUUCAGCCCUCGCUGCCUGGCAAGAGCCCGGAGGCGGAGGAGGUAGCGCUCCCACAUAACGUGCGCCAGCUCUGCGCAGUGCUUCGGGAGCACCACAUCCAGAGCCCCGAGGAGCUUGCUGCCAAGUCCCCCGAAGAGCAGCGUGCGUCCCGACAGCUCGAAGAGCUGGAGAGGGCGCAUCGCAUCCUCUUGCAUCAGCUGAUGAAUGAGCGAAGGCUUCGCGAGGAGCUCCAGCAUUCUGGCACAGAACGACGCGGCCUGGACGUGGUUGUCGAAAUCAUCGACAACUGGUUCUGGGAGCCCCUGACGCGGUUGUGGGAGUACGCUGGAAGUUUUAUUGUGGUUGACUGCCGCGGCCACUUGCUGGGACGCCUGGCAUCGGUCCUGGCAAAGGAACUCCUGAACGGUCAGCACGUUGUUUGCGUGCGUGCGGAGGACAUCAACAUCUCCGGAUCUCUCUAUCGCAACAAGCUGAAGUAUGCCAGCUUCAAGAGGAAGCAUAUGAACACCAAUCCGCGACAGGGGCCUUUCCACUACCGUGCACCUUCGAAAAUCCUUUGGCGCACUAUCCGAGGCAUGGUCCCCCACAAGACGGCCCGAGGAGCGGCUGCUUUGGAUCGCUUGAAGACCUUCGAGGGCAUUCCUCACCCAUAUGACCGCAAGAAGCGCAUGGUUCUGCCCAGCUGCUUGAAAGUCCUCCGCCUUCGUCCCGAGCGCCGCUUCUGCCGCCUUGGUGACCUCUCCAAGGAGGUUGGUUGGAAGCAUGGCGCGCUGAUUGAGCGCCUUGAGACACAGCGAAAAGUGAAGAGCGAGGCUUUCCACAAGAAGAAGGUGGCUGCAAAGCGUGCGCGCACAGAUGCCAUGAAGGCGGUGAAGCUGUCAGCAGAGGAUCAGAAGGCGCUGGAAGAAGCCGGCUACGAGAGGGACACGGAGCCCAUGCCGAAGCAGACGGCCAAAGCAUCGGCCAAAGCAUCGGCCAAAGCGAAGUCUGUGCCGGAGCCAAAGAAGGAGCCGACCCAGACCCAGAAGGCCAAGGACGAGAAGCCCAAGAAGGAUGGCGACGUGAAGCAGAAGGGCGGACAAGCCCCCAAGGAGCCCCAAGCCAAGAGUGCGCAAGAGCAAGCGCCGCCCGAGAAACCGCAGAAAGACCAGAGGGCUUCUGGUAAAGCUGCGAAGGAGCAGAAGCAACCAGAAGCGGAUCUGAAGGAGCAAGAGCAGCAAGAGCAAGCCGGGGUCCGGCAGAAAGCGCCCGACGAGACACCCGCCGAGAAGCAGCCGGGUGGCAAGAAUCGGAAGGAGCAGAAGCAAGUGGAGAAGCAGAAGCAGCAAGAGCAGCAAGAGCAGCAGAAGCAGCAGGAUCAGAAGCCCAAGAACCAGAAGCAAGACAAGAAGCAGAGCCAAAGGCAGCCAGAGAAGUUAGAACCCACAGCCAGGGACAAGGAGCUGAAGCAGUUGGUCAUGGAUGCUAUUUCGCAACACAAGGCUGCCAAGGCUUCAAAAGCGACUUCGACUGCAGACACCCAGAGAACCUUGCCGGAGGAAAGGCCUUCAAAGAAGCGGAAGGAACCCGAGAGGGACACAAGGAUGGACACACGGAUGAUGAGCGUUUUUGAGGAUUUCCUCUGGGGUCAAGAGGCGCCUCAGUCGCCCCUGGGGCCACCGUCCUCCCUCGCUUCCGAGCUCCAUGCGAGAAGUGCGGAGCUCAAGGAGCUGCUCAUGGCUGGCCGGAAUCCCGACGUGCUCGCAGAGAAGGAAGACAUGCUGGCAGACGCCAAGUCUUCCCAAGCAAAGCAGAAGCGAGACAAGCAGCAACAGUCGGCCAAAGACAUGCCUGACGUCGCGCUCUCCCAGGAGCCGGCUGCCACGGCUUCCCCGCUGACGGGCGUCUGUCAGUCGGACCCUAUGGACAAGUUCCAAUGUCCCUCCCUCCUUGGCGACGUCACGCUUAAAAGCCUGCAACCCGAGCCGAUGUCCUCGCGAAUGCGUGUGGGUUCGCCCCACCCUGGACGAACUGGAGACCUCUUCGAGGACACCGACGGAGAGGGCGAUGAGAACUGCGAGGACGAGGAGGCUGAGUCAGAGGAGGAUAGCAAGGGAGAGGACGUGGAGGAGAACCGGCGUUUGCUGAAGGAGAGGUCAACCCAGAGGGUUGGUCGAACGAGGCGGAACCAGAAGACCCGCAUUGUUCGCCGAUGCAACCCUGACGCAGGUGCCAGCAAGGGCUGCUCAAAUCCUCGGUGCGAAACCUGCAACAAAGCCAACAGAGACGCGAAGAAGGCCAACGACUGA